CGGGUUGCUUUACACGACCGAUUCUUUCCGUAAAGUAAUUGAUUUCUUUUUAAUUAAAUUAGAGAGAAUACUGAAUAGUGGUGAUACCGCGAAGUGCGAAGUGAACCAUGAGAAUCGUUAUUGUGCACAUAAAAGAAUUGAAUAGUACUUGAAUACAAAGUGAUGUAAAAGUGAAACAAAAAUGGCUUCGGGCGAUUCAGAUCACAUAGAAGUGAUGGAAAGUUCUGUUUUGAAAAAGUCUGAGAACGCUACAGAGCAGUCAGUCGCCGAGGACGAUGAUCGCGACAGGAGUUCGAUCGCCGAAAAAAAUGUACCUUACGACCCAGCCGUCGGCCCAAUGGGCGCGAUCAGCAAAGUUCACAAGUCGGACCGGAAGAUCGGACACCGGCGCGUCGGCGAGGGCGGAGAGAUCACAUACAAGAAGAUACAGUCCUCGCAGAUCAUGGGAUCGAUACAGCUAGCACGCAAUGUAACGAUUACAAAAACAGCUGACGCCGGGGUCAACGGUCUCGUGUUCCACGGGGAGGUUCCUUAG